AUGUGCAAUAAGGGAGAGCAACACUACCGCAGUUCCCCUAGCAACCAGUCGUCGUCUAGUGACCCGGGACCCUGUGGAAGUGGAACCUGGUCUCAACACGACGGGUAAGACCUGGCCGGGGGGAGGGGGGAGGAGAGGGGAGGGAGAGGGGGAGGAGAGGUGUUGGAGAGGGUGAGCAGAGGAGUUGAGAGGGAGGGGAGGGGUGAGAGAGGGAGAGGGGGAGGGUAGGGAAGGCCCAGCUGGUCAGGGAGAGGGAGAGGCAUCCUAAUCUGUCCCCAGUGGGUUAGGGUUAGGGACAGGGAGAGGCAUCCUAAUCUGUCUCCAGUGGGUUAGGGUUAGGGACAGGGAGAGGCAUCCUAAUCUGUCUCCAGUGGGUUAGGGUUAGGGACAGGGAGAGGCAUCCUAAUCUGUCCCCAGUGGGUUAGGAACAGGAAGAGGCAUCCUAAUCUGUCUCCAGUAUGUUAGGGUUAGGGACAGGGAGAGGCAUCCUAAUCUGUCUCCAGUAUGUUAGGGUUAGGGACAGGGAGAGGCAUCCUAAUCUGUCCCCAGUGGGUUAGGGAGAGGGACAGGGAGAGGCAUCCUAAUCUGUCUCCAGUAUGUUAGGGUUAGGGACAGGGAGAGGCAUCCUAAUCUGUCUCCAGUAUGUUAGGGUUAGGGACAGGGAGAGGCAUCCUAAUCUGUCUCCAGUGGGUUAGGGUUAGGGAGAGGGAGAGGCAUCCUGAUCUGUCUCCAGUGGGUUAGGGUUAGGGACAGGGAGAGGCAUCCUAAUCUGUCUCCAGUGGGUUAGGGUUAGGGACAGGGAGAUCCAUACUAAUCUGUCUACAGUGGGUUAGGGACAGGGAGAUCCAUUCUAAUCUGUCUCCGGUGGGUUAGGUUUAGGGACAUAGAGAUUCAUACUAAUCUGUCUCCAGUGGGUUAGAGAUAGGGAGAGGAUUCCGACUCUGUCUACAGUAGAUUAGGGUUAGGGACAGGGAUAUCCAUAAUAAUAUUUAUCCAGUAAAUUAGAUUUAGGGACAGGGAGAGGAAUCCUAAUCUGUCUCCAGUAUGUUAGGGUUAGGGACAGGGAGAGGCAUCCUAAUCUGUCUCCAGUGGGUUAGGGUUAGGGAGAGGGAGAGGCAUCCUAAUCUGUCUCCAGUGGGUUAGGGUUAGGGACAGGGAGAGGCAUCCUAAUCUGUCUCCAGUGGGUUAGGGUUAGGGACAGGGAGAUCCAUACUAUUCUGUCUCCAGUGGGUUAGGGACAGGGAGAUCCAUACUAAUCUGUCUCCAGUGGGUUAGGGUUAGGGACAGGGAGAUCCAUACUAAUCUGUCUCCAGUGGGUUAGCGACAGGGACAGGGAGAUGAAUCCUAAUCUGUAUCCAGUGGGUUAGGGUUAGGGACGGGGAGAGGAAUCAUAAUCUGUCCAUAGUGGGUUAGGGAAAGGGAGAGCCAUACUAAUCUGUCUUCAGUGGGUUAGGAACAGGAAGAGGCAUCCUAAUCUGUCUCCAGUGGGUUAAGGUUAGGGAAAGGGAGAGGCAUCCUAAUCUGUCUCCAGUAUAUUAGGGUUAGGGACAGGGAGAGGCAUCCUAAUCUGUCUCCAGUAUAUUAGGGUUAGGGACAGGGAGAGGCAUCCUAAUCUGUCUCCAGUGGGUUAGGGUUAGGGAGAGGGAGAGGGAGAGGCAUCCUAAUCUGUCUCCAGUAAAUUAGAUUUAGGGACAGGGAGAGGCAUCCUAAUCUGUCUCCAGUAUGUUAGGGUUAGGGACAGGGAGAGGCAUCCUAAUCUGUCUCCAGUAUAUUAGGGUUAGGGACAGGGAGAGGCAUCCUAAUCUGUCUCCAGUAGGUUAGGGUUAGUGUUAGGGAGAGGCAUCCUAAUCUGUCUCCAGUGGGUUAAGGUUAGGGACAGGGAGAGGCAUCCUAAUCUGUCUCCAGUAUGUUAGGGUUAGGGACAGGGAGAGGAAUCCUAAUCUGUCUCCAGUGGGUUUGGGAUAGGGACAGGGAGAGGCAUCCUAAUCUGUCUCCAGUAUGUUAGGGUUAGGGACAGGGAGAGGCAUCCUAAUUUGUCUCCAGUAUGUUAGAUUUAGGGACAGGGAGAGGCAUCCUAAUCUGUCCCCAGUAUGUUAGAUUUAGGGACAGGGAGAGGCAUCCUAAUCUGUCCCCAGUAUGUUAGGGUUAGGGACAGGGAGAGGCAUCCUAAUCUGUCUCCAGUAUGUUAGGGUUAGGGACAGGGAGAGGCAUCCUAAUCUGUCUCCAGUAUGUUAGGGUUAGGGAGAGGGAGAGGCAUCCUAAUCUGUCUCCAGUGGGUUAGGGUUAGGGAGAGGGAGAGGAAUCCUAAUCUGUCUCCAGUGGGUUAAGGUUAGGGAAAGGGAGAUCCAUACUAAUCUGUCUCCAGUGUGUUUGGGACAAGGAGAGGCAUCCUAAUCUGUCCCCAGUGGGUUAAGGUUAGGGACAGGGAGAGGAAUCCUAAUCUGUCUCCAGUUGGUUAAUGAAAGGGAGAGGGAGAGGCAUCCUAAUCUGUCUCCAGUGGGUUAGGGUUAGGGACAGGGAGAGGCAUCCUAAUCUGUCCCCAGUAUGUUAGGGUUAGGGACAGGGAGAGGCAUCCUAAUCUGUCUCCAGUGGGUUAGGGUUAGGGAGAGGGAGAGGCAUCCUGAUCUGUCUCCAGUGGGUUAGGGUUAGGGACAGGGAGAGGCAUCCUAAUCUGUCCCCAGUGGGUUAAGGUUAGGGACAGGGAGAGGAAUCCUAAUCUGUCUCCAGUUGGUUAAUGAAAGGGAGAGGGAGAGGCAUCCUAAUCUGUCUCCAGUGGGUUAGGGACAGGGAGAGGAUUCCUAAUCUGUCUCCAGUGGGUUAGGUUGAGGGACAGGGAGAGGAAUCAUAAUCUGUCCCCAGUGGGUUAGGGACAGGAAUCAUAAUCUGUCUCCAGUGGGUUAGGAACAGGAAAAGGAUUCAUAAUCUGUCUCCAGACUACUACAGUACAUACUAUCAUUACCCUAACCCUAACAGCUAGCUGUAUGCUAGCCCAACCUUACCUUACUGCUGACAGUAUGCUAGCAGCUAGCUGUAUGCUAGCCCAACCUUACCUUACUGCUGACAGUAUGCUAGCAGCUAGCUGUGUGCUAGCCCAACCUUACCUUACUGCUGACAGUAUGCUAGCAGCUAGCUGUGUGCUAGCCCAACCUUACCUUACUGCUGACAGUAUGCUAGCAGCUAGCUCUGUGCUAGCCCAACCUUACCUUACUGCUGACAGUAUGCUAGCAGCUAGCUGUGUGCUAGCCCAACCUUACCUUACUGCUGACAGUAUGCUAGCAGCUAGCUGUGUGCUAGCCCAACCUUACCUUACUGCUGACGGUAUGCUAGCAGCUAGCUGUAUGCUAGCCCAACCUUACCUAACUGCUGACAGUAUGCUAGCAGCUAGAUGUGUGCUAGCCUUACCUAACUGCUGACAGUAUGCUAGCAGCUAGCUCUAUGCUAGCCUAUCCUUACCUUACUGCUGACAGUAUGCUAGCAGCUAGCUGUAGGCUAGCCCAACCUUACCUUACUGCUGACAGUAUGCUAGCAGCUAGCUCUGUGCUAGCCCAACCUUACCUUACUGCUGACAGUAUGCUAGCAGCUAGCUGUGUGCUAGCCCAACCUUACCUUACUGCUGACAGUAUGCUAGCAGCUAGCUGUGUGCUAGCCCAACCUUACCUUACUGCUGACAGUAUGCUAGCAGCUAGCUGUAUGCUAGCCCAACCUUACCUUACUGCUGACAGUAUGCUAGCAGCUAGCUGUAUGCUAGCCCAACCUUACCUUACUGCUGACAGUAUGCUAGCAGCUAGCUGUGUGCUAGCCCAACCUUACCUUACUGCUGACAGUAUGCUAGCAGCUAGCUGUGUGCUAGCCCAACCUUACCUUACUGCUGACAGUAUGCUAGCAGCUAGCUGUGUGCUAGCCCAACCUUACCUUACUGCUGACGGUAUGCUAGCAGCUAGCUGUAUGCUAGCCCAACCUUACCUAACUGCUGACAGUAUGCUAGCAGCUAGAUGUGUGCUAGCCUUACCUAACUGCUGACAGUAUGCUAGCAGCUAGCUCUAUGCUAGCCUAUCCUUACCUUACUGCUGACAGUAUGCUAGCAGCUAGCUGUGUGCUAGCCCAACCUUACCUUACUGCUGACAGUAUGCUAGCAGCUAGCUGUAUGCUAGCCCAACCUUACCUUACUGCUGACAGUAUGCUAGCAGCUAGCUGUGUGCUAGCCCAACCUUACCUUACUACUGACGGUAUGCUAGCAGCUAGCUGUAUGCUAGCCCUUCCUUACCUUACUGCUGACAGUAUGCUAGCAGCUAGCUCCCUCUAUUGCCCAAUAUUUACCUCUCCCACUAUGCUAGCUCAGACUAUAGCCCUCCCUGACAGUAUGUCAGUUAGCUCACUCUGUAGCAUAAUUGACCAACCCAUCCUCACCUCUCCUCCAUCCCUCUCCAGGUGUCCAUCCUCAGUCCUCCAUGAGUGCUCCAGAGAGCUACAGGGGGGAGACAGAGAGGGUUACAGAGACACCCUCAGAGAGCCCACCCUGGAGAGAACACUGUCGACAGGUGAGUCCCUGUGUUCCCUGUUUUACUCCUACACAUUAGAUGACCUCCAGUGUGUCUGUCUCCUACCUCCAUAUUAGAUAACAACGGUGUCUGGUUCUGUGGUAACCCUAUAGGACACAUUCAGGGUUAAUGCAGCCAUACCUCUAACCCCUCCUCCUCUCGUCCUCUUCUCUCCUCUUCUUCGCCCUCUCUCUCUCCAGAGGCCAAGUGGCACAUCCCCUCCACCAAGAUCCUCAACUCUCGGAAACAGAGGGAGGGGGGCAAGGAGUCGCCCAACAAGCUGAACCGUGGGGUAAGUGACUGAGUGUGGGCUGUGGCUAGGGAGGUUCUACGGCCAGGGGGGUGUCACAUCUCUGGGUGUCUGGUUGGUAGACAGGAGGGUGUCUGGUUGGUAGACAAGAGGGUGUCUGGUUGGUAGACAGGAGGUGUGUCUGGUUGGUAGACAGGAGGGUGGCUGGUUGGUAGACAGGAGGGUGUCUGGUUGGUAGACAGGAGGGUGGUCUGGUUGGUAGACAGGGAGGGUGUCUGGUUGGUAGACAGGAGGGUGUCUGGUUGGUAGACAGGAGGGGUGCCUGGUUGGUAGACAGGAGGGUGUCUGGUUGGUAGACAGGAGGGUGUCUGGUUGGUAGACAGGAGGGUGUCUGGUUGGUAGACAGGAGGGUGUCUGGUUGGUAGACAGGAGGGUGUCUGGUUGGUAGACAGGAGGGUGUCUGGUUGGUAGAGAGGAGGGUGUCUGGUUGGUAGACAGGAGGGUGUCUGGUUGGUAGACAGGAGGGUGCCUGGUUGGUAGACAGGAGGGUGUCUGGUUGGUAGAGAGGAGGGUGUCUGGUUGGUAGACAGGAGGGUGUCUGGUUGGUAGACAGGAGGGUGUCUGGUUGGUAGACAGGAGGGUGUCUGGUUGGUUCAGGUCAUAGACAUGUAACAUGGAGGUUUUGAGAUCUGAAUGUUUAGGAUAAAGGAUUUAGACUUGGGAGUGAGGUUGCUUUAUGCCAGGGGGAUGGGUCUCUCUCUCUCUCUCUCUCUCUCUCUCUCUCUCUCUCUCUCUCUCUCUCUCUCUCUCUCUCUCUAGUUCUAACUAGCUCUAUCCCUAUCCUCUGUACAGGGAGAAAAGAUGUCCCGUCAAUCCAGCAGUAACACCCUCUCCUCCAACGCCUCCUCCAAUAACAGUGAUGAUAAACACUUUGGCUCUGGAGAUCUGAUGGAUCCUGAGAUCCUGGGGUUGACGUACAUUAAAGGAGCCUCAACAGACAGCGGGAUCGACACCAACCCCUGUAUGGGUCCUGGGGGGAGGUUACUGCUGCAGGGGGGUUGUGGGGGUGAGGGGGGACACCCCAAGGAUGGCGGCGAAGGAGAGGAUCAUGGGAAACUGUACCUGCCGCAGGGAUAUGCGUCAGCGAUCAUGACUGGUCACGUGACAGAGGGAAGCAUCGGGGACCUGAGUGAGAUCUCGUCACAUUCACACUCCUCCCACUCCAGGUACAGUCCUCCUCUCCUCUCCUCUCCUCUCCUCUCCUCUCCUCUCCUCUCCUCUCCUCUCCUCUCCUCUCCUCUCCUCUCCUCUCCUCUACUCUCCUCUCCUCUCCUCUCCUCUAGCUCUCCUCUCCUCUCCUCCCUCCUCUCCUCUCCUCUCCUCUCCUCUCCUCUCCUCUCCUCUCCUCUCCUCUCCUCUCCUCUCCUCUCCUCUCCUCUACACACACAUCAGUCUGUUUUCAUUAUCUCCCAGAUCAUCAACACAUUGACAUGCUCUCAGGACCACAAACACACGGUUGGUUGUUGGCUGUUGGGUCCAGCUAUACAUCCUUAUGUAUAUUGGAGGGGUGGAGGGGUCAGGAGCUGGGACAGGGGCUGGGUCAGGGACUGGGUCAGGGGCUGGGUCAGGGGCUGGGUCAGGGACUGGGUCAGGGGCUGGGUCAGGGUCAGGGGCUGGGUCAGGGACUGGGUCAGGGGCUGGGUCAGGGGCUGGGUCAGGGGCUGGGUCAGGGACUGGGGUCAGGGGCUGGGUCAGGGUCAUGGGCUGGGUCAGGGUCAGGGGCUGGAUCAGGGGCUGGGUCAGGGUCAGGGGCUGGGUCAGGGGCUGGGUCAGGGACUGGGUCAGGGGCUGGGUCAGGGGCUGGGUCAGGGUCAGGGGCUGGGUCAGGGGCUAGGUCAGGGGCUGGGUCAGGGUCAGGUUUCUAAUUCAAACCUGUGGAGAUAUACAGUAUACCCAUUCAGCUGUCUGUUAACCUACAGAGAUGUGUCCCCAUUCAGUUGUCUGUUAACCUACAGAGAUGUGUCCCCAUUCAGUUGUCUGUUAACCUACAGAGAUGUGUCCCCAUUCAGUUGUCUGUUAACCUACAGAGAUGUGUCCCCAUUCAGCUGUCUGUUAACCUACAGAGAUGUGUCCCCAUUCAGCUGUCUGUUAACCUACAGAGAUGUGUCCCCAUUCAGCUGUCUGUUAACCUACAGAGAUGUGUCCCCAUUCAGCUGUCUGUUAACCUACAGAGAUGUGUCCCCAUUCAGCUGUCUGUUAACCUACAGAGAUGUGUCCCCAUUCAGCUGUCUGUAACCUACAGAGAUGUGUCCCCCAUUCAGCUGUCUGUUAACCUACAGAGAUGUGUCCCCAUUCAGCUGUCUGUUAACCUACAGAGAUGUGUCCCCAUUCAGCUGUCUGUUAACCUCCAGAGAUGUGUCCCCAUUCAGCUGUCUGUUAACCUACAGAGAUGUGUCCUCAUUCAGCUGUCUGUUAACCUACAGAGAUGUGUCCCCAUUCAGCUGUCUGUUAACCUACAGAGAUGUGUCCCCAUUCAGCUGUCUGUUAACCUACAGAGAUGUGUCCCCAUUCAGCUGUCUGUUAACCUACAGAGAUGUGUCCCCAUUCAGCUGUCUGUUAACCUACAGAGAUGUGUCCCCCAUUCAGCUGUCUGUUAACCUCCAGAGAUGUGUCCCCAUUCAGCUGUCUGUUAACCUACAGAGAUGUGUCCCC